AUGGUGAAUUUUAAAUAUUUUAUAAUAAUUUUUAUAAUUUUUUUAAAAAAUUAUUCAAAUAGUUUAGAUAUAAAAAUCUCAAUUGAUUUUAAUUCAAAAAUAGAUUAUAAAAAUUAUGAAUGUGGUGGUUCGGUUGAAUUUUUUAAAAACCAUAUUGAGUUUGUCCAAAAUAAAUCAAUAAUAUAUCCACUAUGUAAAUCAUUUAAUGAUGCAAAUCAAAGAUCAAAACAAUUAUUUAAUAAUAAUAAUAAUAAUAAUAAUAAUAAUAAUAAUAAUAAUAAUAAUAAUAAUAAUAAUAAUAAUAAUAAUAAUAAUAAUAAUAAUAAUAAUAAUAAUAAUAAUAAUAGGAAUAGAUCAACAAAACAAAGGAAUGUAUCAUUAAUAUUUUUAAUUGAUAAAAAUUAUAAUUGGAAUAGUGAUUUAAUAUUUAUAUUUGAAAAUGAAGUUUUAUUUAUUGAAUAUUAUUGUUAUUUUGAAAUUCAAGUUGAAAAUCAACCAGAUGCAAUUUUAACAAUUGAUGGAUCAAAUUCAACCAAUUUAUUUUUAGAUUACUUAGAUUAUUCCAAUGGAAUUACAACAUGUGAUGAUGAAAAUCAAUUAACUAGAUUAAAUUUAUAUAAUAUUAAAUUUAUUAAUUGGCAUCUUUGUAUUAAUAUUCAAACUUAUAAAUCUCCAACAUCAUCAUUAACAGAAAAUAAAAAAUUAACAAUAAAAAAAACAUUUUCAAAGUUUACAAAUAUAACAACAGAGAAAACAUUAUCAUUUUUAUUCUCAUCAUCAUCAUCAUCAUCAUCAUCAUCAUCAUCAUCAUCAUCAUCAUCAUCAUCAUCAUCAUCAUCAUCAUCAUCAUCAUCAUCAUCAUCAUCAUCAUCAUCAUCAUCAUCAUCAUCAUCAUCAUCAUCAUCAUCAUCAUCAUCAUCAUCAUUAUCAUCAUCAUCAUCAUCAUCAUAUAAUGAUAGAAGUAGUAUUAGAGUACAAAAAAAAAAUAUAAUUAAAAAUUGUAAUUUUAAAAAUAAUUUAAAUAAAAGUAAUUUUAAUUUUAUAUUUAAUGAAAAUGAAAUGGAGAUUAAUAAUUGUACAUUUGAAAAUAUAGUUACUCAAACCAAUUUUAUUUUAAAUAAUAAUGAUUGUUUAAAUUUUAAAAUUACAAAUUCAAAAUUUAAAAAUAUAACAACAUUAAAUAAUUUAAUUUCACAAUUUGAUAAUGUAUCAAUAGAAUAUUUAACUCCAAAUAAUAAGGUAUCAAAAGAAAUUGAAAAUCUAAAUUUUAUAAUUGUAAAUGAUAUGUAUUCUCUUUCUUUAAAAAAUAUAACAAUACCAAAUGAAAUGUUUUUUUCAUCAAUUUAUUCUUCAAAUUUAAUUAUUGAUAUUGGUUUUGAUAGUUAUUCUAUAUUUAAUUCAAAAGUAUUAUCAGUUGGCAGUUUUAAUAAAUUUAUAGUGAACGUUUUAGAUUCAGAUAUUUAUGAAAUUAAUAAAAUCAUUACAGAUAAAGUAAAAAAUUAUAUCAACAAUUUCGAUGGUAGUGGUAAUAAUAAUAGUUAUAAUAAUAAUAAUAAUAAUGCAGUAAAUAGUAAUAUUACUCAACGAAUUGAUGGUUCAAGUAAAGGAAGUGAGAAUGGAGGUAAUGAUGCCUUUAAAAAAAUAAUUAUAGUUCCAAUAAUUUUAUUACCAUCAUUAGUAUUAGUAAUAGUUGGUUGCAUUUUUUUAUUUAAAAAAAAGAGUGUUCCAAUUGCAAAAAAUAAAAAUUUGGAAAAUGUGGAAUGUGGUAUUGGUGGUGAGGAAACUCAUGAAGGUUGA